GAUGGAGGUAUUGCAGCGCUGACAGGCGAGGAAGGCGAUCUGGCUCCGGGUCCAAACUCCAGCUGUAGACUGGCCGCUGGGACUCAGAGAAGUAUGACUCGGCAGCGGGUUUGUGUGCUGGCCCUGGCGGCUAUGUUGCUGCUAGUUUUCGCCACCUUUUCCAAAUCGAAGGGCCUGCGGGACAAGGAGCCACAGGGGGAGUCGCGAAUCCCUUCUCAGUUUGGCGAAGAGGAGCGAGUAGCCAUGAAAGAAGCGCUGAAAGGUGCCAUCCAGAUUCCAACAGUGUCCUUCAACCUCAUGGAGUCCAACACAACAGCUCUGGCUGAGUUUGGAGAAUACAUUCGUAAAGUCUUCCCUGCAGUGUUCAGCACCCGUUUCAUCCAGCAUGAAGUGGUGGGCGAGUACAGCCACCUGUUCACCAUCCAAGGCUCAGAUCCCAGCUUGCAGCCCUACAUGCUGAUGGCUCACUUUGACGUGGUGCCCGCCCCUGAAGAAGGCUGGGAGGUGCCCCCGUUCUCUGGGCUGGAGCGUGAUGGCUUCAUCCAUGGUCGGGGCACGCUGGACAACAAGAACUCUGUGAUGGCAAUCCUGCAGGCCUUGGAACUUCUGCUGAUGAGGAAGUACAUCCCCCGGAGAUCAUUCUUCAUUGCUCUGGGCCAUGAUGAAGAGGUGUCGGGGUUGAAAGGGGCUAAGAAGAUCUCAGCUUUGCUACAGUCAAGGGGCGUACAGCUAGCCUUCAUUGUGGAUGAAGGGGGCUACAUCUUCAGUGGUUUAAUUCCCGGUAUCCAGAAGCCUGUUGCCAUGAUUGCAGUCUCAGAGAAGGGUGCCAUUAACCUCCGGCUUCAAGUAAGCAUGACUCCAGGCCAUUCUUCAGCUCCUCCGAAGGAGACCAGCAUUGGCAUCCUUGCAGCCGCUGUCAGCAGACUGGAGCAGACGCCAAUGCCAAACAUGUUUGGAAGUGGGACAUUGGAGAUGACAAUGAAGCAGCUGGCACAUGAGUUUCCCUUCCCUUUCAGCAUAUUCUUCAGGAACCUGUGGCUGUUUCGGCCCCUUGUAAGAAGGUUAAUAGAAAGAAAUUACAUAACCAAUGCACUGGUCAGGACCACCACGGCGCUCACCAUGUUCAAUGCAGGGAUCAAGGAAAAUGUCAUCCCUCCAGUGGCCCAGGCCACAGUCAACAUCCGGAUUCACCCCGCACAGACAGUCCAAGAGGUCCUAGAACUCGUCAAGAACAUUGUAGCUGAUGACCGAGUCCAGCUCCACGUGUUGAAAGCCUUUGACCCCCUGCCCAUCAGCCCCUCUGAUGACCAGGCCUUAGGCUACCAGCUGCUCCACCAGACCAUACAGUCUGUCUUCCCGGAAAUCAGUAUCAUCACCCCAGGUAUUUGUAUCGGCAACACAGACACCGUUCACUACACAAACCUUACCACUGGCAUUUACCGGUUCAACCCCAUCUACCUGGACCCUCAGGGCUUCAAAAGCUUCCAUGGACUCAAUGAGAAAAUCUCUGUCAAAGCCUAUGAGUUCCAGGUGAAAUUUAUUUUUGAGUUGAUCCAGAAUGCUGACAUAGACCGAGUGUCAGUUCCUCACCUCCAUGAACUGUGAGGUUGGGAGGCCAGCUAGAUUGGGGUGCCCAAUGGUGGGCCACUACUAACUCAAGGGGGAAAGCCAAUGUCGAUGCCACUUUUGUUCAAGCCAUGUUGUAACACAACUACGCACCUGCCUGACCACCAAGAACAAGGCUCCUUCCUCCUGACAUCUGCACCCCUCCACCUACUGGAUUGACUGCCUUCUUGUCCUCCUGUUUUGGAACAGUCCAAAGGCAUCUGGCUGGUCUGUCACAUGCUGAUCAUUUAACAGCUACACCUUCCAGGCCUGAUUUAACAGAUAGAGAUCUGAGGACCAGCAGAUGGUGUAGCAGUUACAUCGUCAGACUCCCACAUGGCCAACCACAGUUUGAGUCCCGGGCCUGGUG